GCUGCUACUCUCUGCACCGCAUCUUCAUAUUACUUUACACAGAUCACCUCAUCCUCACACGUUUCUCAUUUCUCACCCUUUCUUUUCAUUUGAUCUGAUUUGAUUUCAUCCCAACUCGUUCCCUCCAUUGUUUGCGGAUCAAUCCUUCUUCCGCUACUCUCUGCACCUCAUUUUACCUCCCUUUACUAAAAACCAGCUUAUUUUCAUUAUUCUCAUCUUUUGUUUCAUAUCCUCAUCUGAUUCAUUUGCUUCUUUUGUUCCUUGUGUCUUUAUUCCUGUUUGGCACUUAUAUAUUUUUCCCAACUGAAAAAAAAAGAAAAAAAAGAAUUAGAAGAUGUCCGACCCUUCUUCGUUUUGUCAGAAUGCUGCUGCAAAUUUUGUUGGGAACUUGUUUAGUGGAAUUUUCACUCUUAUCACAAAGCCAAUUAUUCUUGUGAUACAGUGCGACAAUAAUGUUGACUAUUUGAAGAACAAAGUUGCUGAGCUGAAGGAUAAGAGAGAGACUGCGAAGAAGUAUGCUGAAACUGUUCAGAGAAGAGGGGAAGAGAUUGUACCAGAGCUCAGGAAUUGGCUGACCAGGGCCGACAAUUGCAUUGAAGCUGCAGAGAAAUUAGUAGCUGAUGCUGCAGAGAAAUUAGUAGCUGAUGCUGAAGGAAAUGCCAGCAAGAAGUGUUUCUUUGGGCCGUGUCUCACUCCCAAAUCUCGUUACCAACUCAGCAAAAAUGCAGAGGAGAAUUCCAAGACUAUUGAUAAACUUGUGGAUGAAGCUCGUGAAUUCAACCUCCCACUUUCCCACAUUCGUGCUCCACCAAAAGAAGUGGCCGCGCCUGUCAAAGGUUUUGAGGACUUUUACUCAAGAAAGGAUGUUUUAGAGAGGAUCAUGGAGGCACUGCAGAGUCGAAGCAGCAGCAUUAUAGGGGUGCACGGGAUGCCUGGCAUGGGGAAGACGAUGCUGGCCAAAGAAAUAAAAAGAAAAGCAGAGCAAGACAAGCUGUUCGAUGUGGUAGUUAUGGCUCUUGUUUCAAAGGAGGCAGACUGGAAAAAGAUUCAAGUGGAAAUAGCCCGUGGCUUGGGUCUAGAUCAGCUUCCUAAUGGAAUUAAAACUCAGGAUGCUGCUGAACUUAUUAAAGACAAACUGAAGAAUAUGAAGAAGGUUUUAAUCAUUUUGGAUGAUAUUUGGAGGCCUGGAAUAGAUUUGGAGGAGCUUGGAAUUCCUCUUAGAAACGAGCCAAAAACGAUUGAGGGGAGCUCGUCAGGAGAAGAAAAUGUAGAGGGGAGCUCGUCAAGAGAAGAACAUGUAGAAUGCAAAAUUCUGCUGACAUCCAGAGAUUCUGAUGUUUUAUCAGAUCUGAUGGAUUCUCCACUGAACUUUUUUCUUCAUCAAUUAGAAUCUGGAGAAGCAUGGGAGUUGCUUAAAAAGAUAGUUGGUGACAGAGCUGAGAGUAAGGAGCUACACGAUACGGCCAUUGAGAUUGUCCGGGAAUGUGGGGGCUUGCCCCUUGCAAUUACAACAAUGGCAAAGGCUUUGAAAAAUAAGGAGCCUUACCAAUGGAGGGAUGCUUUGAGAAAACUAAGAAAGCCCUCUUCGGAAAACUUCCAUGGCAUACCUGCAGAGGUUUAUUCAGCUAUUGAGGUCAGUUACUCUCAUUUGGAAACCGAGAAGCUGCAGGAAACAUUUUUGCUUUGCUGCCUAAUGGGUCACGAGGCUUCAAUUGAAGACUUGUUGAAGUAUGGUGUAGGCUUGGGCUUAUUUGCUAACACCAUAGAGGAAGCACGAGAUGAAGUAUUUACUUCGAUAAGGACGCUCAAAGCCUCUUCUUUGCUCAUUGAUGAUUGUGACAAUGAUUCUUUUGAUAUGCAUGACCUUGCUCAGGAUGUGGCUGUAUCAAUCGCAUGUAGGAAUCGUCAUGGGUUGCUGCUAACAGGUGAUCAUGCACCGAGAGAGUGUUUAGACAUGGAGGCAAUGAAAGAUUUCAAAUGGAUUUGGCUGGAAAAGGCUAAUAUUAAUGAGCUUCCUGAUGAGUUUGAAAGUCCUCAGCUUACUUUUUUUUGUUUGAAUAAUGAAGAUCCUUCUCUGAAAAUUCCAGCAGACUUUUUCAAGGGAAUGCCAAGACUCAAGGUAUUGGAUUUGACUCACAUGCAUUUGUCAUCCCUGCCUUCAUCAAUUUGCCUCUUGCAGAACCUCCAUACAUUAUGUUUGGAUCAAAGCGUGUUGGGGGACAUACGUACUAUUGGAGAGCUGAAGAAUUUAGAAAUUCUUAGCCUUGGGUGGUCUGAGUUUGAAGAGCUUCCAAGGGAAAUUGGGCAGUUGACUCAGCUAAAGUUAUUAGAUCUGAGUGACUGUACCAAACUCAAAAUAAUUCCCCCAUGUGUCUUGGCAAGUAUGUCCAUAUUAGAGGAACUGUACCUGGGAAACAGCUUCCACGGAUGGGAGGUUGAGGAAAAUGAAAAUCAAAGAAAUGCGAGCCUUGCUGAGUUGAAGCAUUUGAAGAAAUUGACUAAUUUAGAGGUAUGCAUUCCUGAUAUUCGGAUGAUCCCAAAAGAUUUGUUCUUUGAAAAUUUGAAAAAAUUCAAAAUAUUCAUUGGGAGUAAGUGGGAAGACCAAUAUAGUUCCUUUGGAGGCUCAAGAAUAUUGAAGUUGCAUUUAAAUGCAUCCAUUAAUUCUAACGAUUUAGUUAAAAUGUUGUUGAAGAAGACUGAAGAGCUACAUCUAAGGGAGUUGGCAGGUGUAGAGAAUGUGGUUGAUGAGUUAAAUAGGGAAGGUUUUCCAGAUUCGAAGCGUCUCUAUGUCCGUAAUGCUCCAGAGGUUCAACAUAUCAUUAAAUCAGCGGAGGGGGUUCCUUUCAAUGCAUUUCCCAGCUUGGAAGUAUUAUUUCUCCAGAAUUUGAUUAAUUUGGAGAAGAUAUUUCAAGGCCGGUUCAGAGACACAGCUUUUAACAAUUUAAGAACUAUUACUAUUGAAUGUUGUGAUAAGGUGAAGAAUUUGUUCUCUUCCUCUAUAGCCAGACAGCUUUUCCAUCUACAAGAAAUUUCAGUGACAGGGUGCAGCAAUAUGGAAGAGAUUGUUGAUGGCCGGUUCAGAGACACAGCUUUUAACAAUUUAAGAACUAUUACUAUUGAAUCAACUGAACUAAAGUUCGGGGAAGUGCUACGGUCUUUGAGAUUGCAACGUCUACCCAGACUGAGUAGUCUCAACAAAAGUUGCAGGCACAUGCCACUUUUCAAUGAACAGGUUGCAUUUCCGAACCUAGAGGAGUUACAAUUAUCUUGGAUUAAUGUUAACACCAUAUGGCACGUUUCAAUAUCAUCUUCUCAUGUUGCAAAACUGAGGAAGUUGAUCAUUGAGGGCUGUGAUAAUUUGGAAUAUCUGUUCACAUCUUCUGUGGCUAGAGAUCUGGUAAUGCUUGAACACCUUAAAAUAGGGGGAUGCAAGAAGAUGGGAAAGGUUCUUUUUAUAGAGAAUGUAGAAGAAAAUGGGAAUUUGAUUUUCCCUCAACUGAGGAUUCUAGAGAUACAAGGCCUUCCAAAACUAGAAAGAUUCUGCCACGGCAAUUACAUCAAAUUCCCCUGCCUUUCGCAACUUUUGAUCAUGAGCUGCCCUGUAUUAAAGACGUUCAUCUCAUCAAGCUCUAGUUUUGACACUGGUACACUUCCUCUAUUUGAUGCAAAGGUGACAUUCCCCAAGCUUGAGCAACUAACAAUUGAAUUUAUGGAAAGCUUGGACAAGAUAUGGGACAACCAACUUGAUACAGUGUAUAGAUGUGAACAAGUACAGAUAUUUGCUUCAGAACUCUCAAGCUUCCCAAGAACAAAUGGAGAUGACCAACUCGAAGUUUCUCUUUUCUGGACAAGCAAGGUUGGAUACCGUGGGUUGGAGAAUUUGAAGUUAUCUGAAUUUCCUGAGUUGAUUGAAAUUUGGAAUAAAAAACCUCAAGAAAUCUUGCCUUUCAAAAGGCUUAGAUCUCUAGAAGUUUGUAACUUUAACAGUUUCAGAUACCUUCUAACCACUUCUAUGGCGUUGGGCCUCACGCAACUCUGGGAUUUGAAAGUUGCAAACUGUGCUGCAAUGGAGCAAGUGAUCAUAGGAGAAGGAGCUGAGGAGUUGUUUCCUAACCUAUACUCUAUUAUUUUAGAGUCUUGUCCCAACUUGAAAUGUUUCUAUGAGGGAAAUAGUGGGCUUGUGUUUCCAUUGUUGAACAAAAUUACUGUUGUUAACUGCCCAGUUUUGGCUGCUUUUGCUGCUUCAUUUUCAAGUGACCAAAAGACAGAGAUAACAACUAAUGACGCAGAAAGUGAAGAAAGUCCUGUCAUCCGUACUCAGCCUUUCUUCAGUGAUAAGGUUGCAUUUCCGAACCUACAGGAGUUGGAAGUGUCUUGGAUUAAUCUAUCGCCUGUUUUUCCUUCUACUGAUAUAUUGGCAAAAAUCUUGAAAUCCCUAGAGGUGUUAUCUAUAUAUCGGUGUGGCUUGGUAGAAGGGAUAUUUGAAAUUGGCGAAUUCAAUGUUAAACAAACACAUGUUGCAAUUGACACCAAGCUCAGACAAUUGAAUAUUGGGGAUCUACCAAGAUUGAAGCAUGUGUGGAAUAAGGAUCCCCAAGGAAUACUCACUUUUCACAACCUGGAAUCAGUCAUGUGUGGGUUGAAGGAAAUAGUAACAAUGGGAGAAAGAGGAACUGAAGCAAUUGUUAGCUUUGAAUUUCCUCAAGUAACAAGUCUUAAGCUUGAGUUCCUACCAAGACUGCAAUGUUUCUACCCAGGGAAGCACACGACAAAGUGGCCAAUGUUGAAAGUAUUCUGUUUUUCCCUUUUCAAUCAAAUAAACAGAGUAGAUGGGCAUGGGCAACUUGACUUCCCUAUACGACUACCACUUUUCUCUGCAGAAAAGAUCAUCCCUCAAUUGGAGAAACUAUCAUUAGCAAGACAUGACAUUGUAAUGAUACGUGAGCAUGAGUCUAAACAAGACAUCCUUUUCAAUGGCGAAGUUCUUCAAAUUCAGGAUUAUCUUGAUGAUGAAUUAGAUGUUUUACCUAUUGGAUUCCUAAAAAGGUUUUACCGUCUAGAAAAUCUCAUUGUGAGAUAUUGUAAUUUUAAAGAGUUGUUCCCUUCAAAAGGAGAAGUUGAAGAACAAGAGAAACACGUUGAGAUUGAGAUACUCUCAAGGAUUAAAACAUUAAAUCUGGUAACCGUAUAUCAUUGCCCCAAGUUGAAGAUCUUUAGUGAGGGAGACCUAAAUACACCAUUGCUACAGAGAGUAUCAAUUGAAGAAGAGGACAAGUGUCGUUGGGAAGGUGACCUUAACACCACCAUACAAAAAAUAUACAUGGAAAAGGAUGGAUUUGCUGGGUUACAGGCUUUGAUGCUGUCAGAUUUUCCUAAGUUGAUGGAAACAUGGCAUGUCAAGAAUCCUCAAGAACUCUUAGAUUUUAGACAGCUUCAAGUGCUAGAAAUUUGUAAUUGUAGCAAGUUCAGUCAUAGUCUUGAGCUUCCAAGAUUAAGUGAAUUUAUUGUAAAGGACUGCCCAAAGAUGGUCACAUGCGCUGUUUCUACAUCCUCAGAAGAGCAUGACAAAGAAGAAUAUCAAUACCUCCUUAGCAGCAAGACUUUUGAGCAAUUGAAUUGGCUUGAGAUUCAAGAUUGUAAUAUGAUGGAAGAGGUAAUACUUGCAGAAGAAUCAAUGGAUGAGGAAAAGAUGGGCAAGAUUUUCUUCCCUAACCUAGAGUUUCUACUACUCCAAGACCCUCCAAAACUCACAAGAUUUUGUUAUGGAAAUUACUUGGAAUUACCAUGCCUUUGGAAACUUAAGAUAACCAAGUGCCCUAUGCUGAAGACUUUCAUCUCUAGCUUUAUUUUUGGAGAUAUGAUAGCCAAUUCUGAAGUCAAAAACACUUGUACACUUUCCCUCUUUGAUGCAAAGGUGGCAUUCCCCAAAUUAGAGCGUUUGGUAAUUGAACAUGUGAAGAGCUUGAAUAAGAUAUGGAAUGACCAACUCAAAGUAGAUUCUUUUUGCCGACUAACUUUGGUGAGUGUGGUUUCAUGUGGAAAGUUAAUGAAUAUUUUCCCGUUUAGUAUGGUGGAAAGGUUUCAAAGACUAGACAAGCUCCAAAUAUGGAACUGUGAUUCACUUGAAGAGAUACUUGAGUCUCAAGAACCUAGUGUUAGCCAAUCGCAAGCUCAAAAGGGUACUCCACUACCUUUGUUGGAAACCAUCACAUGCUUGGAGGAUGAUGUGAAGGAUGGGAUUGUCUUUAGCAAACUCAAGUAUUUGCAACUUUGUGGUCUGCCUAGACUUUCAAGCUUUUGCUCAGUUAAUUGCAAGUUUGAGUUCCCAUUUUUGAAGGAGGUUAUUUUGAUGGAUUGUCCAAGUAUGCAGACUUUCUCUAUGGAUGAAAUAAGAAUGCCAAAACUGCAGAAAGUAAAAUUGACUGGAGAUGAAGAUGAAGGCUUUUGGGAUGGCAACCUAAACUCAACCAUACAACUAUGGUUCAUGCAAAAGGUGAUUUUGAAAAUUGAGAUCAAAGAAAUUGUGGCUCAUGUCCUUUCCAAGUGAAAUUUGAUGGUGAGUUGGUCUUAUGUUUCCAUCAUCUCUACACUUGUUUGAUAAAGGUACAUCUCUUGUAAACAUGCAUGGAGGUAUACUGAGGCUGCAUGCUUAGUUCCUUGCAGGUCUGAAUGAUGUACGCAUAAGUUGGAUGUGAAAAAUUGUCACAUUGCUUCGUGCCCAAGAUGUUACCUCACUAACUAAAAUUGAUCCCUUUUU